AUGCAGCGUAAAACAAAAGAGAAGAGCCAAACUCGGUGUUCUUAGCUCAAGCGCUGGUUUUUCCUCGGUCUCUAGUUAAUUAGCGGAUACGAGAGAGAGUUCUUUGGGGAAUGCACAGAAAUGAGAGGACCGUCGCUGACAAAUUCUGAGUUGAGUGGUCGUGCCAAGAGGGGCAACGGCGGCAGGACUUGCCACCGGAAACACGUCGAGGACGGGUGAUCAACUCGGACUCAUUACUUUCCUGUUCUGUCUUUCUCCUUUUUCUCUCACAACAUUCGUCGAACACAUUCACUGCAAAUAAAGCUCCUCUGUGUAUAUGCGAAAAAAAUUCCUUUGAUUUUAUAGUUUUCUGUAGCGAACCUCUGAGAGAUGGCAGAGAUGGUCAGAGACGCCAACCCAACCUUGCUGGACGGAAAGUACGAGCUCGGUCGUAUGCUUGGCCAUGGAACUUUUGCCAAGGUAUACCUCGCUCGAAACCUCCGUACAGGGAAGAGUGUGGCGAUGAAGGUUGUUGGCAAGGAGAAGGUGAUUAAGGUUGGUAUGAUGGACCAGAUCAAGCGCGAGAUCUCCGUGAUGAAGAUGGUGAAGCAUCCGAACAUCGUCGAGCUACACGAGGUCAUGGCGAGCAAAUCCAAGAUUUAUAUCGCCAUGGAACUCGUUCGUGGUGGCGAAUUGUUUUCCAAGGUCGCAAAGGGCCGCCUGAGGGAAGACGUGGCCAGAGUUUAUUUUCAACAAUUGAUUUCCGCCAUCGAUUUUUGUCACAGCCGCGGUGUUUACCACCGAGAUUUGAAGCCGGAGAAUCUGUUAUUGGACGAGGACGGGAACUUGAAGGUCACGGAUUUUGGACUCAGUGCCUUCUCUGAGCACUUGAAGCAAGACGGUUUGCUUCACACGACUUGUGGCACACCGGCUUAUGUUGCGCCUGAGGUGAUUGGGAAGAAAGGCUAUGACGGCGCCAAGGCAGAUCUUUGGUCUUGCGGUGUAAUUCUCUAUGUUCUCCUCGCCGGAUUCUUGCCAUUCCAAGACGAAAACAUCGUCGCCAUGUAUAGAAAAAUUUACAGGGGUGACUUCAAAUGCCCACCGUGGUUCUCUAGUGAGGCUCGGAGAUUAAUCACAAAGCUUCUAGAUCCAAACCCUAAUAAUCGAAUUACCAUAGCCAAAGUGAUGAGUUCCUCUUGGUUUAAGAAAUCGGUGCCCAAGAGCAUGAUAAGCAAAGCAGAAAUGGAGUUCGAUGCCUUGGAUUUGGACGGCGACAAAUCAAAACAGCUUGAGACUCUCAACGCCUUUCACAUCAUCUCUCUAUCACAAGGAUUUGACCUCUCGCCUUUGUUUGAAGAGAAGAAGAGGGAGGAAAAGGAGGAGCUGAGGUUCGCGACGACAAGGCCAGCAAGCAGCGUGAUUUCAAGGCUGGAGGAGGUGGCGAAGUCGAUGAAAUUCAACGUGAAGAAGAGCGAGACAAGAGUGAGAUUACAGGGGCAGGAGAGUGGUAGGAAAGGAAGAUUGGCAAUCGCAGCUGACAUCUUCGCUGUGACACCAUCGUUCCUGGUGGUGGAGGUGAAGAAGGACAGCGGUGAUACUCUGGAGUACAACCGGUUCUGUAGUAAUGAUCUUCGUCCGGCGCUCAAGGACAUCGUUUGGACGUCGCCCGCCGAGAACUCGACUGUUGCUUGAAUUUUACAUUCCAAAAUCCCAGUAAUUAAUGUGUUGGUUGUUAUUGCCGUCGAUUUCUUAUUCAAAAUCAGUUCUUGGAAUUGAUUAUCGACAUGAUAUGAUCUUUUCUGUGUUUCUUAUCGUUCACAAUUUGGAUUUGGUGUUAUUGUUGUGACGUCUUCCUUGUGCCUGUGAGAAUGUUCAAAGGUUGUUUUUAUUCUCUCUGUUCAUUUGUUGUUGUUAUCUGUUGGAAGUAGUUUCAACUUCCAAGUCCAUGAUUGAAGAUUCAAAAGCCAGCCAAUUCCCAGAA